AUGUCUUCUUCUUCUUCUUCUUCUUACUCAACAUCAACUCUAACUCUCCUUCUCUUUUUUCUCUUCAUUUCUUCCUUGCAUGCUUUCAACAUCACAGAAAUCCUCCAAGAGCACUCAGAAUUCUCCACCUUCAAUGACCUAUUAUCUAAAUACAAAGUUGCCGGCCAAAUAAACAGGCGCAAGACCAUCACCGUCCUCGCCGUCGACAAUGGCGCCGCCUCCUACCUAUCCAACUUGUCCGAGGACGAGGCCAAGGCAAAAUUGAGCCUCCACGUCAUUCUCGAUUAUUACGGCAUUAGAAAGCUCGUGGGAUUAAAAAAAUCCACCUUACUUACCACACUUUACCAGACCAGCGGCGAAGCUGGGGGAGACAAUGAAGGGUUCAUAAACGUCACCGUUUUGCGCUCUGGAGACGUCGCAUUUGGUCCGGGUGCUCCGGACUCGGUUCUUAACUCUAAUUUAAUGAAGUCAGUAUAUUCUCAACCGUAUGAUCUAUCAGUAUUGCAAGUAAGCAGUGUAAUAGGCUCUUCAAAUUCAACAGCGCCUUCGUUUGCGCCAUUGAGUGCUCCAACAAGGGCUCCGCCGCCACCUGAGGCCGAAGCACCUGCCAAUGAAGAAUCGCCUGUGGAGGCGCCUUCUGAAGAAACGUCACCUUCGGAUGCUCCAGCUCCCUCCCCGGAUGACUCAUCGGCACCGGAAGCAAGUUCUCCCACCGACGACGACAGUCCUCCGGCUGCGGACGAUUAUGAAGAGGGGUCUGCCUCAGGAGCAGCACCUGGUGUAACCAGUUUUAUGGUGACGGUUUUUUGGGCUCUCCUUAUGUUGGUGGUGCGAUAG